AAGUGUGGGGAACACGGAGUGACGCGCUCUCGGGCGCUCAUAUAGUUACAUUGAUACAUACAUAUAUACUUCACUGGAGAAAACGCAGUGCAUAAUACGCCACACGUAAAACACGCGUGUAGCCCUGGCCUAAGGAUUAAAAUAUAGUUUAAAAUACGCAUGAUAUGCCGGCGAAACAACCAUGUCACGUUUCAGUCUACUCUGCUAAGGAAUAAGAUAAGGCAGACUCCAGGGAAGUCGUUUUAUAUACGACUGAGAGAAAGGGGGCAGAGCGGUCGCGCGGAUUGGCCAAGCUGUACACGGUCUCGCUGCUCAUUGGCGGAAACUGUUGGGUCUUAUCGGAUCCGACGGUGCGUUGUGUUGCCAUUGUGCGUUGUUGGGUCUACUAUUCUACGUUUCAGUGCUACGUCGGAAUUGGUUUAAAGGAGUUGGCUUGCCGCUCGUGGUCCUCGAAUAUCGGCCCAAAGUUAUGCUUUCAAUCAUUCUUCUCUCACAUGAAGCUAAAGGAUUAUCAACUUCCGAUGAUUAUAACAGAUAAGGGGUUAAUGACCGUUAAGAGAUGGCGCCACUUAUGCAGACAGGCUACCAUAGCGCAGAAGAACCGAGCAGAUACUCGCUGAGGGUUCUGAAACGCAGCGAGAAAUCUGUUUCUCAAGCGGACCAUGUGGACGCUUCGAAGAUAAACAGAAAAGAAGAUUUCCUUCGCUGUUUGGGGCUUCAAAUGAAAACAUUUCAGUGCGUGUACAUCGCGUCAGACGGCGUGCAUGACAUUAAAGCCCGAAACAACACCAAUGGGUUAAAGUUACGUAACUGUAGUGUUGUCAUCCUGGGGGUAACGUGUCAAAUAUGUGGCAAGUGUUUUAAGUGCAAAACGGACGUGAACGUGCACAUGGCACUGAAACACGGUAAAUGUUCCGAAAAGAAGGAAACGCGAUUCAUACAAGGUAACAGUGAAGUGUGUCAAAAGUUUUCCGAGGUUUCACAAUUUCAAUCUGUCACUAAAAAAAAUCCCAGGACAAGGCUUCGACUAAUUCUAAGGAUAGGCGAUGAAGUCGUCACUGAUAUCAGCCUAAAACGUAAGCAUUUGAAAUCGAAAAAAUCAAUAAAUACUGCUACGCAAACCGAACCGGAUAAUGUUACAAAAUUAAUCACGGAAAAUAGUGUCGGCGAAAGUAUCGAUCACUCUGUAUUCGAUAAUAGUCCUUGCCAGUGUUGCACAGCGACUAUCCGUACAACCAGUACCAAUCAAUAUGUAGCUGCUAACAUUGUUGCAAGCGAGGAAAGCGCAGGACGAAAUGACAGUUGCUGUAUGGAAAGGUUAACGUCCAUAUCUGAAAAGGAUAACGAUACUACGCUAAAUUCGGAUUCGUUCACAUCGGAUUUAACAAAUACGAAAGGAAGUAAUCUCGUUCCACAAUAUGAUAGGGAAGCAAUGUGUUCUCGACAGGAAAAUAACUGUAACGAGUCUUGUAAAAGAAAAUCUGAUUCUUUUAAAUCAGUCACAGACGUUACGAAAACAUUUGUUGAUACUGUAACAGUAACAUUCCAGUCACCGUCGACAGACAUAAACGGAAACGAAAAAGUGAGGGAUCGCAACGAAAAAUUAUCGAAUUCAUCGGACGUAAUUAACACAGUAAAAUUAAUAAUGCCGGUAAUACUCCCUAUAAUCAUGCCGAGUCAGGUAUCCCCUAAGAGCCCCGAAGACCGUCCACUGGCAUCUUCGCAAGCCCGCCUACCGAAGACCGGUUUCAUCGACGAGCAAAAUUCUGACGACGAAGUGCAGGAGGUUCUUCGAAUCGUUCGUGGCCACGACAACAUCGCCAGGGAAAUUAAUCAUGAGUCACCGAAUCGUUUGGAACAGGAGAUUCUUGCACGAGACGCCAUCAGAAACAUGCUCAGACUAGAACAACAAGGUUGGCAUCUAUUAGAGAAGAGUGGGAAUGAACUGACGAAAAAAAGAAAACGGACUGGCGGGAAAUUUGACACCAAGAACGUCGUCGGGGACGAGACUGGGAAAAAGAAAACAAAAAUCGUCGGUUCCGAGAAUAAUGUUGUUAAAACCAUGAACGAGAGGAGCAGUUCGAAAGAGUCCUUCGCGAAGGCUCAAAAGCCGGGUCACGAUAAAAUGUCUAUAGCAGAGAAUGCGAAGGAGAAUGUACUUAUGUGUAAUGGAAGCAUUAAUAUUCCGACGGAAACGCUGCUGCAUCAUUAUGGUAUAAACUACUACAGCGACGUGUGCGAGAUAAACAAUAACACGGAGACAACGGUUCAGGAACCUGUUAGCGGUCUUUUAGCUAAUAGACCGACUGUAAUAGAUCUAGUCAAUGACACUGAGGAAUAGAAAACGAUCGAAACAAUACACUAGGUGAACGGUACAUGUAAUGUUACAGGAACGUCGCUAUCUUGUAAAGAGAUUAGGUUUUUCAAGUUCAAUUAACAAACUAUAAAUAGUUUUAAAUAACAGGGAAGAUCAGUGAUCCAAAUGUAGCUUUCGCGGCUAAAACUGAUGCAAUAUGUAGGGGACAAGGGAUAUGCACAAAUUCUAGGGUAUGGCUGCAAGCGUUUAGCCAUAGUUAUGGAAUGACUGAACAUUAUCUCUAGAAGAGUAAGGAGAAUUAUUCAUUUAUUCUGUAACUCUGACGGUUGGUCAAUUAUUCGUAAACUGAAAAGUCACAGGGGCAAGGGGACUCUUUGCUUACAAUGUUUGGAUUUGCCUAGGUGCCAAUACCUGUUCGUUAUUUGCCGCGUGGUAGUAGCGAAGGACGGAAACAAAACUGAAUACUAUAUAUCACCACUAUGAUACGAAGCGAAUAUUGACGUUGGAUUUCGUUUCGAAUUUUGUUCCCUACUAUAUUUUAUGGAAGGACCGGAUGUCGUGUAUGGUCAAUUUCCCUUGCUCUCAUGUGACUUUUUUCACAUCCGAUAUUAAAAAAAAUUAUAUGUUUACUAAAUUAAAAGCGAUUCUUCAAUAACUAAUUUUGAAGAUAUAAACGACAAUAAAUAGUAUGUUCUAGUAACAUACAGGAGAAAAAUAAUAUUCAAUAUUUUAAAAGCAGUAGAUUCGAGAAGCCGUUUGCCUUCGCCCCUCUUAGUUUUGUUAAGAAUAAAUAAAGUAAAGUAUCAUUAGUUUAACCCUUUAUAUCCUGAAGGUACUUUAAACCACCAUUUUCAUUGUAGCGUUGUUAAAAACGAAUGUUUCGAAGUACAAUGAAGAAGUAUAGUUUUGAAGUAUAAUCAACUGGUAUAAACUGAUUUGGUUUAAAGUAUCUAUCGUUAUAUGUAUUUACGCGCAAAUGAUACUACAAAUAUUUAUAAGAUUCAGGACAUAAAGGGUUAAUUUCAGUACAAAUUAAAAUUAAAAAGUGGUUAUUAACCGUUGUAAUAGUUGAAGCGUUCAAGUGCCAUUUUUUCCUUUUCUCUGUUUUCUAGUUAUUUGCUGUUAUGCUAUAUCAAUUUUAAAUGUGUCCAAUUUUGAAAAUUCUGAUUUUCAAUACUGAGUAUUAUAUGAAUGUUUUUUUAUUAAAAUAUUCGUAUUGAAAAAUAAUAUUUUGCGGUUUGUACAACGUGAAAGUGAAUAAUUGCGCCCUGACAUUUGUAGUGAGGGUAAAAAAUUGUAUUCAGUUUCGAAAUACAAUAAUUAUUUUGUUCAAACUGCAUUGAGUGCACGUCUACGAAGACGCGUAACGGUAAAAGCUGCAUGAUAUCAAAAAGGGUAACUACUUUUAUACGAGGCUAUCAUAAAUGCCAACUAUUGUCUCUCUGAAUUUGUUUCGGUGUUAAACAGCUGCUAAGAUGUUACAUUUGGUAACUUAUUAGUUUUCAUUAUCGUCGUUACUAUCAGCAAUCUUAUGUAAUUUUAUAUUACACUAUUUUAGUUACAUUAAUAUAAAAUUAAUUUAAUUUAAAUUUACGAAAGUAGCUUCGUACGAUUUAGCUAUUGUGAUUACACUGUAUUAUCAUGUUAUGUUAUGUUACAAUACUGUAUUAUAUAGUUCGGUGAUACAUGUAUUAUUAUUACUUACCAAAUUUGUAGAAUAUUAUUUAUUUAAUGUUAAUUAAUGAAAUUCCGCCUUUGCAGAUACUGCUUAGUGAAAACGAUGUUAAUAUUGAUUGAUGUGUUGUGUUGUAUGUGACGAAUAUGCGAGUAUGUGUGGAACGUAAUGUAUAGUUUUCCACU